AUUUGUUUGCAGGAGUAGAAAUUUCUACAAUAAUUCUACCAAGGAAGAAUCCAUUGAAAUAUGGAGCAGAUCCAAAUCCGAAGAUUAGUGAGGCAAAGCGAAGACUCAAACAAGGGAGGAAUGUCAAAUGAGACAAUAACACCUUGGGCGUGGUUUGCAAGUAUUUCCUGUCACACUCAGGAGUGACUUUCGGAAGUUCAAAAAAAAAAAGAAAAAGUUGACUCGGAUGAAAGACGACAAAAAUGGCGACAAGCAGCGGCAACAGCCAGGAGGAGCCCAACGUCCCCUGUGAUACGUGCAUGGGCGAGCCGGGCAAGGCCGUCAAAUCCUGUCUGACCUGCCUGGUAUCCUUCUGCGAGGAUCACCUCAGACCUCACCUGGAGAACGCCAAGUUCCAGAGCCACCGUCUGGUAGAGCCUCUUCGCCACGUGGAUGCACAAACGUGCGACAUCCACCGUCUUCCCCUGGAGCGCUUCUGCCUGACGGAUGGCUGCUGCUUGUGCUCUGACUGCUGCGGUCAGGGGCACCAGGGUCACGCCACUUCAUCAUUGGAGGAGGCGAGGGCUCAGAUUGAGACUGACCUGCAGAAAAAGCACGAGGAGAUCAAUCGGAGCAUCGUGGCCACCGACAAAGCAAUGGAGAAGCUGCGGAGCAACAAUGAUGGCAUGACGUCUUUGGUGCAGGACGUAUCUGCUCAGGUGGAUCAGCACUUCUCCAGGCUGCAGGAGGUGGUGGCGGAGGCCAGGAAGCAGGUGGCGGAGCGGCUGCAGGCAGAGCGGAGGCGAGCGCUGCGCCAGGCCGAGGGCGUGGAGGCUCACUUGAAGCAGAGGAAGGCGGAGCUGAGCAAGACCUUGGCGAGGAUCAACAAAGUGGCACGAAGCGAGUGCGAUGUCUCCUUCCUGCAGGAAUACUCUCAGUGGAAGGAGGGAGCGGCGGAUGUUUGCUUGCCUAAAGUUAGCGUGACCCGUGUCGACCAUGUGAAUGCUUACGUCCAGGUCGUAGCCAGUGUCACCCAGAAGCUGUGUGACCUGAUCCUCUCCUCCUACCAUGAGAAUCUCAGUACCAUUUCUCAAGGUGGCGAAUCCCAGACGCCGCAAGUUUUGUUGCCCGAUCCGAUGAACUCAGAAGACUUUUUAAAAUAUGCAAAGAAUUUGACAUUUGACCCAGACACCGUGCACAACUUCCUGCGCUUAACAGCGGACAACAUGAAGGUGACCAACACCAGCCCAUGGCAACACAGCUACGUGGACCACCCCGAUCGCUUUGAGGACUGGCGCCAAGCGAUGACAUCACAGAGUGUUUACGAGGGCCGCCACUACGCCGAGGCGGAGCUGAGUGGCGAUGGGGCUCAUGUCGGCGUCACCUACAAGAGCAUCGAGCGCAAGGGCCGAGAAAGCACCGGCUGCAUCACCGGCAACGACUUCUCUUGGUGCGUCGGGAGGAACAGCCGAGGCCUCUCCGCCUGGCACGCCGGCGUGGAAACGCCAUUAGAAGCGCAGGACGUGACAAGAAUCGGCAUUUAUAUUGACUUCCGUGCCGGCCAUGUGUCAUUUUACCAUGUGAGCGGGUCCAUGAGGCUGCUGCACAAGUACAACGCCGAUUUCAUUGAGCCAUUGUAUCUCAUUGCGUGGCUCUCAAAGAAGGAGAAUGUGGUUUGUCUGGUUAAUACAAAGUGAUGCCUUCUGCAUUUAUUAAAACAGACAUACCAUGGAGAAUGUA